AUGGAAAUAAGAAACCAAACAGAAUUCCUCCUUCUGCGACUGACAGCGGACCCAGCACUGCAGCCCCUCAUCUUUAGCCUGUUCCUGUCCAUUUACCUGGUCACCAUCCUGGGAAACCUGCUCAUCAUCCUGGCUGUCAGCUCUGACUCCCACCUCCACACCCCCAUGUACUUCUUCCUCUGCAGUCUCUCCUUGAAUGACAUCUGCUUCAGUACAAGCACAAUCCCAAAGAUGCUGCUAAAUAUCCAAACACAGGACCAGAGCAUCGCUUACACAGGCUGCCUCUCCCAGGUCUGCUUUGUCAUAAUUUUUGCUGUCUUGGAAAAUUUUCUCCUUGCAAUUAUGGCCUAUGACCGCUAUGUGGCCAUAUGUCACCCCCUGAGUUAUACAACCAUCAUGAACCUCUGCCUUUGUGUCCUUCUGGUCCUGACAUCUCUGUCCAUAAGCACUGUUGAUGCCCUGUUUGACACUCUGAUGAUACUAAGGCUGUCCUUCUGCACAGACCUGGAGAUCCCCACCUUCUUCUGUGAACUACCUCAGCUCAUCAAACUGGCCUGCUCUGAUACACACUUUGAAAACAUCUUGAUAUAUGUUGAAACUUGCAUAUUUGGUGGUCUUCCUCUCUCUGGAAUCAUUUUCUCUUAUAUUCACAUUGUGUGCUCUAUCUCAAGAAUUCCGACAUCAGAAGGGAAGCAUAAAGCCUUUUCCACCUGUGGGUCUCACCUGUUUGUUGUCUCCUUGUUCUAUGGGACAGCUUUUGCUGUGUACAUUAGCUCUGCAGUGACUGACUCCUCAUGGAGGACUGUAGUGGCCUCAGUGAUGUACACUGUGGUCCCUCCAAUGCUGAAUCCCUUCAUCUACAGCCUGAGGAACAGGGACGUGAAGGAGGCCUUGAGGAAACUCAUCAGUCGGCUAACUUCACUUUUAUGA